ACGACAGUGUGAUCAAGAAAGUGAAAAAAUAUCUUGAUUUUUUUGUAUAGAUAACUAUGUUGUGACGAAUGUCUUACAACACUUUACGCUAAUUCCGCUUUUACAUACCUUAGUCCCAAAGAGAAUUACUGACAACUUAAGAAUGUAGGGGACAUAAAAAUCCAUUUCUUACAUUUACAUCUGAUAACCGCUUCUCCUCUCAGUAAUAUAGAGACAGUAAACAUUUACCUAAAUAUACAGUAACGAACACUUUAACUGGAUAUCAAAAAUGUUAGGAUUCCUUCUGUUUAUUGGGUGUUGUUCUUCUGCGGCGUCGUUUUUAGCGACCAAUCCCAGAACACUGAUGAUAUACAAUAUCUACAUCUCCUGUCUGACGAGAAAGUCGAGAGAAUGAGACUUUAGACACAGUUUGAUAAGAAUGCGUCGGCUUUGCAGACAUUGCAAGAACAGAUGGAGGGAAAACAAAACUGCGAUUGCUCCAAGAAUACACCAAACGUAGCUUUCAGAACUGAACUGAGUAAGGACCUUGGAUCUAUAUCAAGUAACCAUGUGGUUAUUUUUGAUGAAGUUGACCUUAAUUUAGGCAGUGCUUACGAUCCGUGGCACGGAAUAUUUAAUGCACCUGUCAACGGUACAUACCUGUUCUCCAUGGCACUGGCAAAUCCAGCAAGUCAUUCGGGUGCUCUCUUCAUGUUGAAAAAUAGUCAAACAAUAGAAUUUGUGUUUGGUGAAAACACAUCAGCCGGAUGGACUAUGGGCGGAGCCACCACUGUGGCAAAACUUACUGUUGGUGAUGAUGUGUGGGUUGAAGGGGAGGGGUAUAUUUCGGGUGCUUAUGGCCAUAUCAGAUACCAUACAGGGUUUUCUGGAGUUUUGAUUCAUGAUUACUAAGUCUGUAAAAAGUCUUCCUGAAAUA